AUCAUCCUCUGCAGAUUCAAGUUUUUGUGCAAACUCUACUUCACCUGGGCUCCAAAAGUUUCUCUCAUGCUUUUGCUGGUAUUUCAAAGUUUUUGAAGGUAUUUGAAGCUCUUGUUGGACCUCACGAAGAAGCCCAGAUACUUGUGCUGCGUGAAAUGCAUGAAGUAUGGCACAACCAUCAGCAGAUGAUGGUUAUGUUGACAGAUAAAUUCUUGCGUACACAAAUUGUUAGAUGUGCAUCAGUGGCUACAUGGGUUUUCAGCAAGGAUAUGAUCCCUGAGUUCACAAAAAACUAUAUUUGGGAAAUAAUCCACGCAACCAUUCGUAAAAUGAACAAACACGUAGCUCGCCUUCAGCGAGAGGUAAAUGAUGCACGUGAGCGCCGGACUGGGCAUGAUUCAGAUGACUCCUCUUCAGAUGAAGAAGAGCAGAGACCAAGACCAACAGAAGAAGAAAUUGAAAGAAUGGAAGAGAAAUUGGAAACUGCACAAGCUGACCAGAAGAAUCUUUUCCUCAUUAUUUUCCAGAGGUUCAUCAUGAUCUUAUCAGAACAUCUUGUGCGUUGUGAUACUGAUGGUCGAGACUUUAACACUCACUGGUAUCGAUGGACUGUUGGAAGGUUAAAUCAAAUUUUCAUGAUGCACAACACCCAAGUAGAGCGAUACAGUCAAACAUUGAGUACAUUGCUCUUCACUCAAGAUUUAGACCCACACAUUCUUGAUGCCUUUAAUCAGUUUAUUGCAUGCGUACAUAAAUCCUUCAAAAAACGGACCCUGUUUCCUGUUUAUACUGUAUGAUACUUGGGUAUUUUU